AUGCCUCGGCCCAAGGUGUCACCCGCUAACCGCCUGCGCGCAUACGAGGCCUGUCUCGCCUGCCGCGUAACCAAAAAGCGAUGUAGCGGUUCAUUUCCUUGCGUGGCGUGCAUCAAAAACGACAGAGCCGAUACUUGCACCCCGUGUAAACGAAAGGACCGACAUGCAUUGCCUCGUCUGUCGCGAGACAACCGGGGUGGAUUGAGUUCCACCACGGUCUCGGUCUCGGAGUCGAGCGGUGCCAGGUCUAUGGCUGCUACUGAUUUGAAUCAUUCGGCUGAUGCGCCUCGUCCUGAUCGCCAUGUUACACCUCAGGAAUCCACGGAUACCGUCGCAGAUCCUGGCUCCCCGGAAGCACCGCACAGGACUCACCCGCGGAUGUUGCGAAAUCUUCAAGGAGAACGAGUUUUCAUUGGCAAGGCUGCCUCGCUAUCCUUUUUGCAACUACUUCGUGAUACCGUCACCCAAUACAUCGGACCGUCGCAAUUCUCACACAAUGUCAGGAGUGAGGAUAUGCUUGAGACUGAGACACCACGGGAUAUCCCGGUGUCAAUCGGGGACGUGGAUGUUGAUCAACAGACGGCGUUUAUAGCGAAUUACCACAUUGCUACGAGCGGGUUCAUACACAUCCUUUCCGAUACAGAGCUGUCGGAGGUUCUCAGUGAACCACUGCAAUCCUCAAAUAAUAGCCCCAGAGCCCACCGGGAUCUGAGAGACAUCAUGAUUGCCAUCGGUGCUCAGUCGUAUAGGAGUAGCUCGGCAUCGAUCCAGGCCGAGCGCUUUUUCUUCGCACGUGGUCAACGCAGUGCAUUUGACAACAUGUUAGAAAACCCAAGCCUGGGGCUUGUACGGGUCUUUCUUUUAAUGUCGUUUUACAUGCUCGGUGCUUGUCGUCGGAACGCAGCGUUUAUGUACAUUGGCAUAGCUGCGCGUGCCGCCGCGGCGCUAGGGCUUCACCUGAACGAUUCGUCCGAUUCGACUCCAGCAAGUGAGAGACGUCGGAGAGCCCGUGUAUGGAUGAGUCUUUGCACUUUGGACCUCCUGGUCAGCUCAAUUCUCGGACGGCCUCCCGCAACCACAAUCCUACGCUCGGAAAGUCCAGGAAACCAAUUCGACGCGAGACAAAAAGAUUAUUCUCUCGAGGCGAGUCUAUUGGCCUCCUUUCAUAUGUCACAGGUCCUGGACGAGAUCAUCGUGCGGCUGUAUAGCGACAAAACAGCGUCAGCAGAGACGGCCGAAUCGCUCCUGGGAAAGCUCAAAGGAUGGAGUGAGAACUUACCGGAGUCGUUGCGUACACCUCCGCCAAUCGAUAGCGAGCCGUUUGCCGCCCAGGAGCGCAUCAUAGGGUGUCUGCAUAUCGCAUGCUCUUAUCACUUUGCCGUCAUCAUCAUCACGAGACCGUUUUUAAUAUCUGUCCUUGGCGUUCGGCUGGCCCGACUCCAACGUCCUUCCGAGGUUGCCAUGGAGGAAGCACUCCUGGAGGAUCCAGCGCAUUCGAGACUGGCGGGUGCCUGUAAAGAUUCGGCUCUGUAUAUGAUCCAAACCUGCAUGGAAGUCCACCAGUCGGGGUUGUUGUUAGGAAACAUGUGUAUCCUGAAAGCCUUUGUCUUUGCCGCAGCACUCGUCCUAGGAUUCUCGAUUUUCUCACAAAACCACAUGGACUCAAUUUUGGACGAGGCGUUCAACGGCGCAAUUGAGAUCCUCCACACCCUAUCCCAGCAAUCCGCGCAAGCGGCUCAUUACUACGAAAUUCUCACCUUCCUAAGAAAUGCCAUCGAACAGAGACGGCGACUCCUGCAGCAAGCGCAACAGAACAACAGUCCCUAUGUUAGCAAACUCUUCAGUCUCAACCACCCUAGAGACCAGGCGGACGCGGGAAACAAUGCCCCGACCCCUGCAAGUGGCAGUCCUGAUAUGACAAUACCUAAUGGAACCUUGGAUAUGUGGUCACUCAUGGAUCCGGCCGAGCUGAGUAGUACACUUCCUGCUUGGGAUGGCAUGGAUUUACCCCUAUGGGACAGUUUUCCUUUCGCUGCGGCCGGGUUUCAACUACCGGAUCGGAUGAACGACGCAAACUUGACGCUUUGA